GGAGCGUUUCUGAUAUUGGCCCUCUUGGGGUCCGGAAGAAACAAACAGGGUCCCACAGCUGCGUGGGCAAGGACUCUUCCCGCCCUUUCACUCCGGGUUUAGUAAUUUCAAGAUGCAAUUUGUAACUAUUAAAUCAUUUGUGAGCCCUUUAAAGGGAUUCUUGAUAUUGCCAUCAGCAACCCAAGAAAAGAAAAGAGACACCGUCAGUUGCACAUUAGAUGACAAACCACGAUUGUACGUCAUUGGCAGCAUAGGACAAGUGAACCAGAAAAUUUCUCACUUAGAACUGGGUCUGAAAAGAUAUGACAGUAGUGAAGGAGUGAUUGGGGAAAUGGGGCUCAAGAGACGCAAGACAUCCAGAAAAGUAUCGAGAUCAGUUAGGGCAAAAGAGAGAGACCAGAAGAUGAUGCAGAAGUCUGGGAAGCACGCUACAGAGAAACUAGCUCAGAAAAAGAUGGUAACAGAAAAGGAUAAACUUGUGGAAUUAUAUCAAUACCCAGGAUACUGUAAGGAGAAACCUACACCAUUGCCAAAUGGAAUAGAGCUGAGUGAAAUUUUGGAGAAGGUGAUUCGUGCCCAGGGUAAAACACCAGUUGGUAAGACACGCUGGGCUUCAAAGAUGCUGCAAAAGUUUCUCGAUGCGCCAUGUAUCCAAGCUAUUUUGCUGGACAGUUUCUGGUGGCAGUUUCUGCACUUGUAUCAUCCGAAUCAAGAGAUUCAGGGGCGUUUGUUCGAACGCAUUUCAGAAAAUUAUUCUCGCGUUCUGUUGGGCUGUCACAAGGUUGCCAGUCAGGAACUCAUCCUUACACUUUUCCCUUCACUGCUGAGUCAAGCUGUGUACACCUGCUUCUGCUACUGUUUCUCAAGGUCCUGGUUCAAUACACAUGAAUUCAAGGCCGGGCUCUGUGAUAUAUUCUCCGAGUGGCUGCGAGGUAGCUUGAAUGCACCAGGGAGUUAUACUAAAUGGGAUUAUUCCCAGUUGGAGCCAGAGCGAUCCAGAAGAGAAGAUUUGCUGUCUGGAAAAGGAAAAUUAGGGACUGGCUGUGAUAUUUCCUUUAGCAACUAUGCGUUACCUGGUACUACACGGAAGCACCCAUUGACACUCCGAAAGAAGCAUACAGCCAUUAAAAAAGUCAAGAAGUCUGUCUCCAGGAAAAAAAUUCAAAAGCAGUUUCCUUUGGAAGAAAAAAUGAGUCUAUAUUUUCACUCUUUGAGGACUACAGAGGAUGAUGAGCAGCAUUCAUCACAGAAGCAUCAACGCUCAUCAAAAAAGAAACUGAAGAUUGCUUUGCUUCCUCGAGAGUCACAUCCAGCCAGUUCUGGUCCUGAGUACACUUGGCACCACCUGAAUAUUCAUGGUCACUGCCCACUAAUUCAGCACUUUCUUCAGAAGCGGAAUGCUGUAUCAAAGGCAGGAUGUGACAUAUUUUUAAGCAGGAGGGCAAUUUGCAAGCCAAUACCGGAUUCUGCCCAGACAUAUGCAGAAGUGAUCAAGCAAAGUUUUCAGAGCCUCCGCCAGAGGCACAAAGAUUUCAUGAAAACUUAUCGGAGACACCGGAGAGAAAUGAGGAAAUUUGAUCAACUGAGCAAGUAUAACCUGUUGGUUUUCAGGCAAGAGAUGCUGGAAGAGAUGAAAAAGCAGGCCCAAAAGCAGAAAGAGUUGUUUUCUUGCCCAGAGGGACUGAGUUCUUCAGACAAGUUUAUAUGCCGCACCCCAAAAGUCACGUUCAACUAACUGACUUGUUAACUUACAUGUGGCCCUAGCAAUAAAUUUAGUUUUCUCUUUUUGAAAUGAA